CCAGAAUUCACAACAUCGGAGUAUACCUUUUCACUGCACUUUGGAUGAUUACUCUCUCUGCAGAAGGUUGCCCUUCCAGUUUGUCAACUUGCAUAGGCCUCUAGAAGCCGAAGAAGUCUGAGUCAGGAUCCGCGCAGCCAACGAGGUUUCGGCCGCACCUUCCAUCUUGCAGUUGCACCAUGGCACCUUCCGUCAAGGGAACGUCGAGUCGAGUCAGCAAAAGGCAGGCGGAACUGCGCAGCUAUGCAAAAGUCACCAAGAACAGUAUCGCGCGACUCCAUCUCGAAGCAGGCCUGAAAGAGGCGGUCCUUAAACCGGUCGCCAAUGUUAAAACUGCGCCCCAAGCAACAUCCAAGCGUAAGCGCAUCCAGGUGCAGGUCGAGAGCGAGAGCGAGACGGAACGGGAUCAGGUGGAUGGCGCUGCUGCACGCUCGAAGAAGCUAAAACUGCAGUUGCCUACACCACGAUCAUUACAAACAGAAAACGAUGGCACUACUGAGACGCGGCUGUCUCCUCCUCUGGAAUUCCGCCAACUCUCGCUAGAAAGCAAGUCAUCGUCCUCCAGGCCAUCAUCUUCCCACGAACUCCCUCAGACCUUACAGGAUCUGGUAUCUUUACACGACGCGUUCAUUAGGGCAUUCACAUUACACACUGUCCACCAUGGGAAAUCCGCGCCUGCAGACUUGGCUACGAUAAUGGCCUCCGUAACACGACUAUGGAAGAAACGCACUGUUCGGAAAGAAGAUAUACAACGAAUGCUGGCUAUGUAUGAGUUGGACGAUGCCUCGGCCUCUGAUCCGGUGGCUGGUCAAUUAUUGAAGCACAAGAAUGGGCCCUUCCGGCUGACGCUCACACUCUCUGGAGGUGAUGCUGUGCGGUAUAAUGUCGAAUAUCUGGGCAGUGCGAAAUGUGGUAACGGGAACCGCGAGCUUGAUCCGUCGUUUGAUGGAAAGGGUCUUCAACAGUCCUACGAGGCGCAAGUCCGAGCAGUGUUCACGUCACAGUGCAGCCGUGAACAGGCAGACUGGCGUCUCCUUGACGAUGGAGAUAUGAGCCAGGUCCCUCGGCUGGAGCUGACUAUGGGGGUUCAGACGCAAGCACGGAAACUAAAAGCUGCCACAGCACGGAAGGAGAUUCUGGGUCUAUCAUCGCAAGCGCAAACCCGAUCAGGAGCGCAAUUUCCAAGUGCAACAAGCACUUCGGCAAACACUGGAGGGAUCGAAACGCCCGCGGUUGUGAAAGAUCGAACCCUGUCCCUUUUGGAACGUGUCCGAGCGAAAGCCCUGGCCAGUUCUACCGUCACGCCUGACACUCCCGAAGCCAUUGUUCGUCGAUACGCCAUGGGUCGGAUCCAAGAAGUGGUUGAGAUUCUGAGAAUGUUGCAGCAGCGGAAACUGGCUUCGAAUUUCAACUCGUCGGUACACUCUAGUCCUAGCAAAGUCCGGGGAAAAGUGUCGUUCAGCCUCCAUCAACUUAUCAAUGACAUCAAAGGAAGUCUUGCCGCGCCAUUGGGAGAAGCGGAGAUCAAGAUGUGUAUCACGAUACUUGCCAAUGAUGUACCGGGCAUGUGGGUGUCUGUUUUUACUGUUGGAAAGGUGCAGAGCGUCGUUCUGAAUGGACCUGGGUUAAGUGGUAUUGAGGUUAAGAAGAUGCUGGACGAGCGAAUAUGAUGGUAAAGAAUGGUCGAUGUAAAUGGCCAUUGGAAUUGGGACUGUAUGAGUGAGUUCAAUGCUCACUGGACAAAAGCGUAGGCGUACUUGGGUAGAACCGAAUGACUGAUGAAACCCUGCUGUGAUCAGAGGCCAACAACGAGCCUGAAUCGCAUUUUUAAAUCUGUCCGACUCUGCGUUGCACAACAAGAAUGAUUUACCGAGACUUUCCCAUAAUGAUGAGCACGGCAUUCAAUGUGGCACUAGACAACAACCAAUCUAGACCUUCGGGCCAUGGACACUCUCGUUGAC